AGAUACCUUCGCACCACGCGUCCCAGUCUCCAACCGUGAUCAGUGUGUAACAUGUACAUAGACUCUGUAUAGACCCGGGGAAUAAUAAAUCAAACAUGGUCUCUGUGAAAUGGAAAAUUCUUCUCUUUACGUCUCUACUUUCCUUAUCAAGCAGUACAAAUAUUAACCGACAUUUUAAUGGAGAUAUCUUUAUUGAUCAAGGGUGCGGAUACAACCUAUGUGAGAGGGUGGAGAACUCCUACGCUCUACGCGAGGGAGCAGAGUGUCAAUGUCAGUGUCCAGCUGAGCGGUCAACCUACAAGGAGGAUACUAGAGAAUGUGUCAAUGAUUUACAAAUGCUGAUAUUUCGAUUCCUGCAGAGGGUUCAGUUUCUUCUCCGGUUUGUGUUGUCUCCACCUUUAAUGUAAUGACGGAGACGGGAUGGACAGAUCUACAAAACAUCACGGAGCAAUUCCAGCAACCGUUCCAGCUUUUCAAGGAGGGGAAGAGAACCUUACUCCAGUGGAUGGGAGGAGAGAGCCUUCAUUCAACCCUUGAAGGACGGCUGGUUUUGAUCCAGCUUCUCUGUAAGGAUCUAGGAAGGAAGGAGAACUCUCUCUACUCUCCGUGUAUAUCAUUUCGUGUGGCGGGUUCUCCAGGAAAACUUAAGAAAACUGAGAUAGAGAAAACAGGAGAGAAAUUAACUGAGAGAGAGUAUCUUGCAAUAGGUAUUUGCUCCGGGUUCCUAAUCAUGCUCUACCUUUUCGCCAUGGUCGUGUUUCUUCUUAUCCGGAGAAGGCAUCAGAGAGAUAAAAGGUUGAGAGAAGAAUUCUUAAACCUUCCUCUGCCGCAAGGCCUUGGGCACAAAUCCUCGAAAAUAUUGGGUUUAGAGGAUUCCUUUAAUCCUUAUUUUGGGAGUUCUGGGAACAACAAGAUGAGACUUAGUUCCAGAUCCUCAACUCACUGUUCCAUACACUCUAGGCAGGACCAGGAACAUAUCUAUGAUAUAACCAAGAAAUCUGGAUCUGGCUCUGGUUCCGACUCCGACGCGUCAGUAGUUCUAGAGAUGAAUGAAAAACUGCUUGAAGCUCACAAGAAGGUUGUCCAGGGUAAACUCAACCGAGAGGUUGCAAGGAAUAUAUUUGACUCCGAGCAUGAUGUGAAUGUGGGGGAAGGAAGAGAAGAUGAGAAUAAAAUAGAACUGAGCAGUCCCAGAAUGAGCAAUGGGUCCGGCCUUCCCAAACCCGCCGGAAGCCAUAACCGCAGGUUUGCUCCGCAUCUUGAAGGUAUUCCAGAGGAGAGUCGUGCCAAUACUUUAACUGGUAAAUCUAAUGAUAGUCAUUCUGAUAGAGCAACAAAUGAUGGUAAUCCUGGCGAGGUUGGGACGGAGAUUAAUGAAACACAAGAGGAGGGUACUGCACAGUCUCAGAUGAAGAAGUUGAGUACAAGUGAUCCUCAGAGUUUGGAUUCAGGGAUUCUCACUAGAUCCUCUAGUAUCAGUGAUCUCAGCGAUACACAAACAGACGUCGUUACAUCAAACGAGUUUGAUACAGACAACGAAACUGUUGAUGUUGCCGACUCUGAUGAUACAGACACGGAUUCAGAUACAUAUAUUGAGACAAAUAGUCGACCCUCUCUUCCUACUCAUCCUCUCCACCAGUCAGAGUUCACCAGGUUUAAGAAUAAUCGGCAAAAAAAGGAUUUUGUCAGUGAAUUAUACAACACCGCGGUUGCAAAGGUUCCAAAGGUUAUUCCAAGCGACUCUGAAAGUCUUUACUCAUCCAACAGCACAAUGAGAAAAGAUUUUGAAUACGACAGUCUCGAUAUUAACUCCAACUGUAGACUAAGGGAUAUAUACACAAACCCUAACCUCUUAGGACGCAGUAGGGUUCAAGCUGAGCCGGAGAAAGAUGAUUAUGAAGUGGUGAAUGUAAAGAUGAAGGAGGGUAGAAGGAAGAAUGUUGCUGAGGUGUAUAUAAAUAACGAGUAUGAUGCGAGCACGCUGGAGAGUACUGGAGACCACGGAGAACAAGGUUAUGAAUAUUCAACAGGAGAGAAAAUGAUGAUCUCCAUCAGCGGAGAUAAUGAGUCAGUCUAUUCUAACAAGCUUCUCAUCUCGGUAAAUUCUAAUCAGGUUCCUUCCAGGUUUUCCUCCACUGCUCUCAACUUUGACCCGGACACCUUGGAACGAGGUGGGAUAAGAGCUUCUCCUAAACCUGGAUUCUACGGUAGUGCAGACUCCCUGGAAACCGGAAGUUCCAAAAGAAAUGAUAAUCAAGGAAUUACAAAGAGUAAGAGUUCAUUUUUUCUAUUCCCUGAGUCUCAGGCCGAAAGAACAGGACUAACAAGUCUCCCUCCUUAUUCUACUCCAGCUCAGAGGAAACCUAUCCUUCCUCCUAAAACCAGGACAACUCCUAAACUUCCUCCGAAACCUUCUCCUGGUGGAAAGGACCGAAGCAUCCAGAGACCUCUUCCUCCUCCCCCUCCUCCACUACCAAACUGAACACCACGAGCAGUUUCUCACACAACCUCGGAGAGAUAUAUCCAAACCUAUAGGAGUACCGACCUUAAUCAAGAUCUACUAGUCAACCAGCAUCAUCAUGUCAAAUAUUAAACCUAGCUAUUGAACCAUUUCUGGUUUCAGCAGGAAUACUGUGAUACUAUCUCUAUAUAUUCCCAAGAAGAAGAAUGAAUGAAUACUGAAUAAUUAUCAAGGGUGAAAACUUGUGGAAGGUUUCAUUUCGGUGUAGGAAAUAUGCCAAUAUGUUACGAAAUUUCUUAAAUUUUGAUAUUUAAAUCAAUUGUUUAAUAAUAAUUUGUAACCAAGU